UUCCCUUCAAGCAUCGCCCAGCCCCACUUCCCCACCUCCCUUUCCCCCAGGCUGUUCGGAUGCCUUAGGUGAGGAAUCCCAUCCUCAGCAACCACUAAAGGGCUGUUGUUUGCACCAUUUUCCACCUGGAAUUCUUUGAGGAUUUGCCCACCCAGCGCUGGAGAGGAGAGAGCAGAGCCACGUUCCCAGGCUGGAAUUAAUGCAGCUCCUGUGUGAACUGAACGCGGCGACACUGAGGAUCCACCUCUUGGCAGCAGCUGACAGGGCUCCCCUCAGGUGAAUCCCCACCUUCCCGGGCAGGGCAGGGCAGCCUGAGCUCCUCUGUGCCUCCUGGCAGCAGCCAGGCAGGAGGAGCAGCCGGGCUGUGCCUGCUGUGCCAUGAGUGCGGAGCGGGGCCGGCAGCUGGGCAGCCUAACCGUGUUCAACAAGGAGGAUUUUGAGGAUGACUGGGUCCGAGUGGCCAGUGGAGGCUUUGGCCACGUGUACCAGGUGAAGCACAGGAGGUGGAGGACGGUCUAUGCAGUGAAGUGCUCCCCGUACCUGCUGCAGGACUCCAGCACGGACAGGACCAGCAUGAACUGUCUAAUGGAGGAGGCAAGCAAGAUGGAGAAAAUCAAAUUCCAGCACAUCGUCACCAUCUACGGGGUGUGCAACAGCCCUCUGGGGAUAGUGAUGGAAUAUAUGGCCAGGGGGUCCUUGGAGAGGAUCCUUCCCACUCACAGAAUGUCCUGGCAGCUGAAAUUCCGGGUGAUCCAUGAGAUGGGCUUGGCCAUGAAUUUCCUGCACAGCAUGAGCCCUCCUCUGCUGCACUUGGAUCUGAAGCCAGGGAACGUCCUCCUGGAUGGGAAUAUGCACGUCAAGAUCUCGGACUUUGGGCUGUCCAAGUGGAUGGAGCAAUCCAGCAGGAUGCAGUACAUCGAGAGCUCAGCUCUGAGGGGCACUCUGAGCUACAUCCCCCCCGAAAUGUUCCUGCAGAACAGCAAACCCCCGGGGAUCAAGUACGAUGUGUACAGCUUCGGGAUCGUCAUCUGGGAGGUCCUUAUGCAGAAGAAACCUUACGCAGGGGCCAACAUGAUGGCCAUCAUAGUGAAGGUGGCAGCGGGCAAGAGGCCGGGGCUGGAGCUCGUCAGGGACGACUGGCCCGGGGAGUGCCACCAGAUGGUCGACCUGAUGAAGAGGUGCUGGGACCAAGACCCCAAGCAGAGGCCAAGCUUUGCAGAUAUCCCUGUGGAGACAGACGUGCUGCUGGCACUGAUCCAGAGCCUGGUGCUGGACCCGGAGAACGAGCGCCUUGUCAGGAAGAUGUCCCACAAACCAGCCAUCUCCAGGAGCCAGCAGAGUGACAAAGAGGAGUUCCCCUUCCCCCGAGACACCAGGAGUGGGGGAAAGGAUAACCAGGAGGUUCCUGUCCCACCUCCGUGCAGGGAGGCUGGGAGCCCCGAGGAGAUGGUGCCCGAGGAGCUCUGCAGGGUGCACGAGAACGGCCUGACCCUGCUGCACCUCAUGGUGAUGCAGGGCAACGUGGGCAAGGUGCGCUUCCUGCUGAGCUGCAGGGCCAGCGUGAACAGCCCGGCGGGCUGCGGCUGCACCCCGCUGCUCAUGGCCGUGCAGAGGCGGCUCCCGGAGAUCUGCUCCAUCCUCAUCGAGCACGGGGCCGACGUCAACGCGCCCGACGAGGACGGCUGGACCCCGCUGCACUUCGCCGCCCAGCACGGCGAUGACAGGACCGUGCGGCUACUGCUGGACCACCAGGCCCGCGUCAACGCCCAGGAGCACGACGGCUGGACCCCGCUGCACCUGGCGGCCCAGAACAACUUCGAGAACGUGGCACGGGUGCUGCUGUCCCGCCAGGCCGACUCCAACACGCAGGAGGUGGACGGCAAGACCGCCCUGCACGUGGCCGCCUGCUUCGGGCACAUCGGCCUGGUCAAGCUGCUGGCCAGCCAGGGAGCCGACCUGGAGAGGAAGCAGAAGAACCUCAGGACCCCGCUGCACGUGGCUGUGGAGAGGGGCAAGUUCAGGGUGGUGCAUUAUCUGCUGAAGAACGGGAUCUCUGUCAACAGCCUGGACCAGAACCACUACAGCGCCCUGCACCUGGCCGUGGUGAGGGGCAAGUACCUGAUCUGCGAGAAACUCAUCAAAUACGGGGCCAACGUGGAGCUGAGGACGGACAAAGGCUGGACCCCCCUGCACCUGGCCUCCUUCAAGGGGCACAUUGAGAUCAUCCGGCUGCUGAAGGGCAGCCGCGCCCGGCUGGACGCCAAGGGCAGCAUGGACUGGACCCCCCUGCACCUGGCCACGCGCUACGGGGACGAGCCGGUGGUCAGCGAGCUGCUGCGCUGCGGGGCCGACCCCAACACGGCCGAGAGGUCCCACUGGGCCCCCCUGCACUUCGCAGUGCUCAGGGGCUCCUUCCUCAGCGUCAUCAACCUCCUGGAGUGCCAGGCCGACGUCAAUGCCAGGAACAAGGUGGGCUGGACGCCGCUGCACCUCGCCGUCCUCAAGGGCAACAUGGCCAUCAUCAAGACCCUGCUCAAGGCAGGGGCUCUGCUGGACGUGGAGGACAUCACCGGGUGCACGGCCCUGCAGCUGGCAGUGAGGCACCAGCGGGAGAACAUCAUCACCCUGCUCCAGGGCAAGGAGAACAAACCUGGGAACAGGACUCUGAAUGAUGCCAAGAUUCCAAGACCCAGACUUAUCCCAGGAAGGACAGAUUUGUAAAUUCAUCAGCUCUGGAAUUUACAGCUUGAGCUUUCCCACGUCAGGUGUGAUGCCUUAAAGCAUCUUGUCCUGUCACCUGCUGAUUACAGGAAAAUAUUUCCCCUUUUUAAAUGGAAGGUUUUAAGGAUGAACACUUAAGAGAGUAAAAGAAAAUGAAGUUAUUUGAUGACAAGUUCUUUUCCAAGCUCGUAGAACAUUUUGGCUUGGUGAUACUUUAGGCAGUGCUUUCCUAUUGAAUCCUUCCUGUGCAGGGAUUUAUGCACUCCCUGUUCACACAGGCAGUGCUGAAGCUGUGCACAGCACAUGCCCACAUCUUCCACAGGUUUUAUUGCUUUUAUUCCAUGUUUUCCUACAGAGAAAAUUGGUGUAAAGUGGUCCUGGCACAGGUGGGAAUUGAAUCGUGAGAUUCUCACCUGCUGCUGGCACAGCAAUGUGUCAGAUUUCCUGACAUCUCCUUUCUGUAACAAGAAUCAAAUAAAACAAGGAAGGAAGGAAAAAUCACUGGUAGAGAGUAUUGAAAUGGAUGCAGCACAGGGAAAAGAAAUUCCAGAACAAUCCCACACGAGAUCUGGCUGUUUGCAGGCCAAGGUUUGAGUCGUGUCUCUCGUGGGAAAUAAUUCCUGGUUUCCUUCAGGAAGAUGUUCCAGAGCUUGAUCCCUCCUGUGAAAAACAUCUUCUUGGUGGAUUUGAUUCCUUUGUGACAGUGAGCAGCGCUUGUGUGCAGCUCUGGCAAUCCCGUUGUGGCUCCUGAGCGUUCCCAAACGUGCCUGGUGGGAUGAUGACCUGAGCUGGGAAGAGGCUGAAAUAGAAACAAACACCCCCAGCUCUGCAGGAGAGCUGUUAUUGCCUGAUAACAUGAGAUUAAACGGGUUAAAAAGAGGGGUUAAACAGCUCAACCUCUACCAAUUUAAUUUUCAUUUUAUGUUAACUUAAAGAACUGAUGUGUAUUUGAUUCAAACCCAGUUUUUCACGAUGCUUUGACACCAAAGCUUUUAGAUACCAUUUAAAAUAAAUUGUAAUAAAAUGAUUCAUUUUUAACAUUUGCCAUUGGUGAAGUGAGGAGCUGGGCAGGUUAUGAAGUGAAAUGUUGGUGACAUUUUGGGUUGCAGGGAGUGUAAAAAAUGGACCUUUUUCUGCAACCACCCAAAAAAAAAAGCUUGGUGUAUACAGAAAUUCCUCAAGAAUGGAAACAGAGAGACAGCAGGAAAAUACUGAUUUAUGAUGCAGGUUUUCAAAGGGCUGGAGAAGGAAAGGGAAUGUUCAGGGUGGGAUUAGAGGCUGCUGUAACUGCAGUGAAGGAUCUGUGUAGCUUGUGCCCAUCAAAUAACACGGAGUGAAUUCCCAUCCUCUGUGCCAGCAUCUCCUCAGUUUCCUUCCUUCCUUUCCCCAGCUGUGUGGGGCAUUAAAAGCCUGGCAUUUCCCUGAUUUAUCUGCUCUUGAUGCUCCCUAAUUUUGCCCAAGGAGGAGAGGCCUGGCUGGAAAGAAUUCUUGGGAUGCUCAGUCCUUCCUGUGCAGCUCCUUCCCUCAGCUUCAGCUGUAUUGAUUCAGCAAAUGUCUCCCCUGCUUGGUGUCAUUUGAAAUAUUUACCCAGAAAAAAAGCAAUCCAAUUGCCACAUAAUUCAGCAGCUCCUUUCUGUCCCCGCUGCAGCAGAAAAACAAAACUCAGCUCUUAUGUCAUGGAAUGUUCUCUACAAGAGCUUAAUUAAAUUUAUAAUGAAAAUAACAGGGGAUUAAGAAGACACGAGGGAAAUACAUUGCUCUUGCAAAGCAUUCCAGAGGUGAUAGAAGCAAUUUGCAGAGAAAAUUACCUGUUUGCUGCUCAGUUUCUAUAGAAAUUAAAUGAGUCUUUACAAACUCUGGAAAAGUGCAUUCCAGCCUCCGCUUUGUGACUGUGCAACUUGCAGCUUAUUUCUAAAAUUAUUCGUAGAUCUCCAUCCCCCCACUUUUUUUUUCCCCCUUUUUCAACUCCAUUUCAGUCUUUUGUCCCUGCUGAUAAAUCUGCUGCUGAUUAUCUCAUGUUCUUACCCAAGGGCUGCCAAAGUUCACAGCCAAGGCAGCUCCUGGCAGGGCAUGGGAGCAGCAGCAGGCCAGAAACCUCCUGAACAGCUUGUUUGGAUUCAAAAAGAUCAAAAUCAUUGACCUUUUUGCCUCAAAAAUUGUGUUUUUAAGGUACCCAGAGCUGCUUGGGUGAGCAGGGUGGUAUUGCUGAUUUUGCCAGGGAAUUCUGUGGAAUGACUCUGGAGUGCUGCCCUGAACUUCUCUGUGCUGUAGCAGUUCCAGACAGCCUGAACCACGAGGAUAUUUUCAAAUCAAUUUCCCUUCAAAACCCUCAGAGAAUCCCAGGAUGGUUUGGGUUGGUCCCUUGGUUAAGAUGGAAAAUUGGAGGGGGAAAUUUAAGGUCCCUUAAAGCUGAUGUCAUUGCACCCCCUGAUCCCUGCUGGAGUCACCCCGUGCUCUGUAAAUCCUGGGGUGUCAUCUGGGCUGCCCGCGUUCCCUUUCCAUCAUUUCUAUCCAAGACAUCCAUGGGAAAUGGAUGUGACUUUUAAGACACAGGGUGUGACUUUUAAGACCCGGUGUUCUCCACAAACAGCACACAAAGAAACUCGGAGCAAAUAAAUCACCAGAACCAGGGGAUGGUUUCACAAGGGGUGAAAGCUGGGGCUGGAUUGAUUUCCUAAGUGCUCUCAGUGCGGGAUCUGACUAUAAUAUAAAUUUUCUGAUGUAAAAUUUGUUUGAAGGGGAGAUGCUUGUCGUGAUCAAAACGUGGACAUCUCAGUGAGAAGUGCAGCUCUUCUGUGGGGAAUGUUCACAGGAAAAUGUUUGGAAAUGAAGUCAGUUAAAUCCACGUUUUGCAUUGCUCCUGCUUCCCAGUGACUGUGAUUUGUUUGUUUGGCAGUGCUGCAAUUAUGCAGAUACGGGAUUAAAUUAAAAUUAAAAUAAUGCUGCGUUUUAGAGGAAAGGAGAGCUGA